AUGCGGCUUUUGAAAGAAGAGGCGGCCGAAUACGACGCGGAUUUCCGACACUCUCCUCCGGUGUCACCAUCCACCGCGGCGGCGGAGGCGGCGGACCCACCUCUGGCACAAAACUGCUUUCCGCACAGCGGCUGCCCUUGGUGGCCGUACUCCAGCGCCCGGGAUUUCAAAACCAACACCGUCCUCGUCCUCCUCGUUCUCUUCUCCGCUUUUGUCUGCGCCCUCGCUUUUAACGCCGCCGUCCGUUACCUGCUCCGCCGCCGCCGCCGCCGCCAUCGCCGCUCUUCACCCCCCACCCACGACGAUGAUGACAAGGCAGCUGGCGGGUCCAAAACGGCGGAGGACGAGGAGGCUGGGGCUGCGAUUCCCACGGUGAUAUUCUCGGCGGCGGCGGCGGGGGUGGCGUCAGAAGAGUGUAUAAUCUGCUUGGGAGAAUUCGUGGAGGGAGAGAGAGUGAGGGUGUUGGAGAAUUGUAAACAUUGCUUCCAUAUCCGCUGUAUCCAGCGGUGGCUCAAAGCCCAUUCUUCUUGCCCGACUUGCCGUGCAGCCUCUCAUUGA